UAGUCGUAAGAUAAAACGACAUCAACUUCUCAGCUCGAUUUAUUAGAUUUAUUGUCGAUGCCAAGAGUUCCAAAACUUCCCGACCGGAAAUGGUCGAGCGGAGCGUGCCGGAAACGCGAACAAACAUCCCAACUUGGCAAAAAAAAACAAAACAAAUGCGCUUUGGAGCGUCAUUCGCGUGUUUAUUAUUAGCGGUGCAUAAACAAGGUUACAUGGGCCCGUAUCGAUGCGUUUAAAAAGCUAACCCGUCCUGCAAGAAAAGGACGGGAGUUGAGCACGUGGGAAGUGGAUUCCGAACGCACGCACCCCCUCCCGCGCUCGCGCCCCCUCUCCUCAAGGCGCCGCGCGCAGUCAGUCGCGCGCCGACCGUUGAAUCGGUAACACGUACCAAAAUUUCGCGCCAGUGUGUACAGCAACCGCCCUAACGUUGUGCAGUGACCAAGUGGGAACGUUGUGAUUUGUUGUGUGACGUAUUGUUAGUGAGACAGUGUUGUGCACUAUGCGGCUGUGCGCCACGUUAUGAAUGGUCUGGAUAAGUGCUUCUUCGAUCAACGUGAGUCUCAGCAACAUGGGGAUGAUUGCAGCUACAGUUAUAUAAGCCUGGGCCGGCUCCACCCGUACGGCUCGGGCAGUGGCAGUGGCUCAAGCUGCGGCAGCGGGCGGCGCGCGCGCAGCCGAGGGCUGUCCGACUCGCCCGCGCCCACCACGCCCACCUCCACCGACAACGCCUCCGACGCCACACUUACGGACUCGGAGCUGCCCACGGCGAGGGACUCCACUCUGCUUGUGCACAACGGCAUGCUGAGAUCUACAUACGACCGCUCAGACCACGAACGCUGCUUACUGGACGGGACACGCCCGCCGCCCGAUGUGCCGCCGCGCAACCCAACCAUGUCGCGACUGAACGGCCGCAUCACCGGCAACCCCGCCGAUUUGGCCGACUUCGAGCCCUCGUGCCUCGUGCGCACACCCUCUGGCAACUUUUACGUGCCUUCAGGCGACAUACAGAAGAAUCCAUCGAUGGAUUACAAAUCAAACUCCUCCUGUAGCAGUCCAGGCAAGGACAAGAGCACCCUCGAGAGGAUGGACCGUAACGAGCGGCACCCCGCCUUCGGGGCGCCGGUCCCCGUCCUCCCAGUGAGGAACAACCUGCGGGCGACCCACUUCCCCCCGGCUGCCUCGCGGUUCCACUUUAGGAAAGGCCUCUCUUCUAGAUGUUCCUGGAAGUGUACUGCUGUAGUGUUCAUAGUGUUGUUCGUUCUUCUUUUAGCAAUUGCGUCUUAUACAUCAGCAUCAUACUUCGUGACCUCAUAUCAUAACGCGAACCCAUGUUCAGUGGUCGUUGGCGAGUCCACUGAGGUGUUUCCGGCGUCAAAAGCGACGACGCUGGAGUCCAACAAGUCUCUAGCACGACCGCACCAGACGCCGGCCACUGGCUCAGGUAAACGCGCUCGCCGAAGUGUCGACGAGCAUGCUAGUGAACCACCUUCUCUUUCUUCUUCGGACUCUUCCGCUGUAGAUAUGCAUGAGCUAAUCACGCCUUCUGUGGACACCUUUAGUGUAGUGCAUGGUGUAUCUGAAGGCGAAGAAGACCGGGACAACGUUCAUGUGUCUAGUGUAAGUGUAGAUAACACUGGUGUGCUAACCGAUGUAGAGUUUAAAUCCACAACCAACAUUGAACUUGGAACGACAACUGACAUACCGCUUAAUAUUAAAACAACGACGCUUAAUAACCCUCCUGCGGACAAUACUGAAACUAAUAACCCAACUACUACAGAAACGGCUUCUGAGGCUAAUAAUCCUAUAGAAGCAAUAACGGAAGUUGACCAUACCCCUGAUCCACUCAUUAAUAUACCGGCAGAGAUUGCGCCAAAAACAAAAAUGGAUCAUGAUAAUAUCGCUUAUGAACCUGAAGCUAUGCAAAGUGAUUCACUUUCAUCCGUUUUGUGGCGAGGAUUGCAAAGAGUUAAAUAUUUAAAGUUAGAAUCACAAUUAGAAGAAGUGAACGAGGAACUGCAUAUUAAAAUCAAUGAAUCUGAGGAUAUUGAUAAUGAACUUAAAAAAUUCCAUUAUGAUACUGAACGGAAUGAUGACCAUAUUGUUACAACAUCAACUAUAACUGCAGUACCAGUAACAACUACAGGGCCAACCAUUUCAGAAUCCAAAACUAAAAUAACUACCAUUUCUUCGUCAAGUGAAGUUAAUAAAGCACCUGAAAAGCAUGUUAUGAUUUCCACGGUACCAUCACUGAGUGUAACUAACUUUAACAACCCAAUAGAUAGUAAUUCAACUGAUAACAUAGAUGCCGAAGGAUCUACUGUAAAUUUUGCUGAAUCCAAAACCCCGGAAAUACCUAACUCAAAACAUGUUAUGAUUAAUCUUACAAUAUCGGCUGAUGGCGCAGACAACUCUGCUUACAAACCGCUUUAUUCGUUGACAGUGAAAGUACCUACAGAUGGCGAAAGCAAUGAGUUACCAAGUGUUCGCAUAACUCCAGUAGAUGUGGCAUCAACCGAAUCGACUUUCAACAACCCGAGAACAAUAGAAUCAACAUUGAAACCAGUGACAUCAGCACCACCUAAAACUAUUUUUGAAGGAGGAACUUGUGAAUGCACUUGUCCGGUAUGCGAGGGGUCAGGAGACGGCUCAUAUGACGAUUAUUAUGAUAAACCGACUACAGACAAGUCAGGCUUCGAAGAGACUUCAAGAACUACAGAUAUCUUCUCAACCUUAAAUUAUACUACUACCGAAACAACUACAGAAGGCGAAACAUCAACCUAUGAAACAACCAGCGAAGAGGCGACAACACUGACAGAUUCGACUGACUCGACCACUGACCUCACCACGGAAACGGCAACCGAAUGCCCAACCACUACUGGAGCACCGAAAUGUGUAUGUCCAAAGGUUACUCCACCACCCAUACUUAUCUUGGAAGGUGCGCGAACAUUCCCCGCACAGUCGUUCCCGCCAGACGGGACGACAUUCAAACAAAUUAACUUAGGUGAAAAAUUAUCAGAAGAAAUCCCUCCAUAUAGUUACUGGAACAUGCAGUUCUAUCAAUCAGAAGCUUCUUACGUCAAGUUCGACUACAUGAUACCUCGGGGAGCUUCAAUUGGCGUAUAUGCGAGGCGAAAUGCUUUGCCCACUCAUACGCAAUACCACUUUCUUGAAGUCCUUAGCGGUUUCAAGGCGAGAUCCACGAGAGCUUCACAUCCAUCCGUCAAGAAAGAAGUAACGCAUUACAUGGAGCAGGGCCACUGGUUCCUAUCGCUUUACAACGACGACGGCGACCCCAGGGAAAUAUCCUUCAUCGCGGCGGUAGCUGAAGACAUGACCCAUAAUUGCCCUAACGGCUGCUCAGGCAAGGGUGAGUGCCUUAUGGGCCAUUGCCAAUGUCAGCCAGGAUUUGGAGGAGACGACUGUAGCGAGAGUGUAUGUCCAGUUCUAUGCAGUCAACGCGGCGAAUACAUCAAUGGUGAAUGCCAGUGCAACCCCGGCUGGAAGGGCAAAGAGUGCUCCCUCCGGCACGACGAGUGCGAAGUGCCCGACUGCAACGGCCACGGCCAUUGCGUGAACGGAAAGUGUUCUUGUGUGAGGGGCUACAAAGGGAAAUUCUGCGCCGAAGUCGACUGCCCACACCCGACUUGCUCGGGCCAUGGGUUCUGCAUCGAAGGGGCCUGUGUGUGCAAGAAAGGGUGGAAAGGCCUGGACUGUGCGACUAUGGACAAGGACGCACUUCAGUGUCUGCCAGACUGCUCUGGCCAUGGGACCUUUGAUGUUGACACGCAAACUUGCACGUGCCAUGCUAGGUGGUCGGGCGAGGACUGCUCCAAAGAGGUGUGCGACCUCGACUGCGGCCCGCACGGCAGAUGUGUGGGAGAGGCAUGCGUCUGUGACCCCGGCUGGACUGGCGAAUUUUGCACGUCUAAACUCUGCGAUGCGCGGUGCAGCGACCACGGACAAUGCAAGAAUGGAACCUGCCUCUGCGUGUCUGGCUGGAACGGGAGACAUUGCACGCUGGAGGGCUGUCCACGAGGCUGUGCCGGCCACGGGCAGUGCCGAGUGGCCAAUGACGGUCACUGGGAGUGCAAAUGCUUCGACGGCUGGGACGGCCCCGACUGCACAACGUUGAAAGAGCAGAUUUGUGAUGAUGGAAAGGAUAAUGAUAAAGAUGGCCUUGUGGACUGCGAAGACCCGGAAUGCUGUCAAUCCGUCGCCUGUAAGGGCAGCCAGCUCUGCGUAUCAUCUCCCAAGCCCACCGACAUCCUGCUGCGGAAGCAACCGCCCGCCAUCACGGCAUCCUUCUUCGAGAGGAUGAAGUUUCUCAUCGAUGAAGGUAGUCUGCAGAACUAUGCCAAACAGGAGACGUUCAAUGAGAGCCGUUCCGCGGUGAUCCGAGGCCGCGUGGUCACCUCGCUGGGCUCCGGGCUGGUGGGCGUCAGAGUGUCCACGUCCACGCCGCUGGAAGGCUUCACGCUCACGCGGGACGACGGCUGGUUCGACCUGCUCGUGAACGGCGGUGGCGCGGUCACCCUACACUUUGGACGGGCGCCGUUCAAGCGCUCCUCGCAAGUUGUCUUCGUACCUUGGAAUGAGGUUGUGAUAAUCGACUCGGUGGUGAUGACGACGGCGGACGAGAAGGGCGGGUCGGGCCCGCCGCAAGCGUGCCUGGCGCACGACUACGACGCCAUGAAGCCCGUGGUGCUCGCAACGUGGAAGCACGGCUUCCAGGGCGCCUGUCCCGACAAGAGCGCCAUACUCGCCGAGUCACAGGUCGUUCAAGAAAGUCUCCAAAUCCCCGGCACCGGAUUAAACCUGGUAUACCAUAGCUCUCGGGCUGCUGGCUAUUUAUCCACCAUCCAACUUCAGUUGACGCCGGAAAAAGUACCUCCAACUUUAGCCCUCAUUCAUCUAAGGAUCACGAUCGAAGGAAUCCUCUUCGAAAAGACGUUCGAAGCCGAUCCCGUCAUCAAAUUCACGUAUCCCUGGAACCGGCUAAACGUGUACCGGCAGAGAGUGUACGGAGUCACCACGGCGCUGGUGAAAGUCGGCUACCAAUACACGGACUGCAAGGACAUCAUCUGGAACGUGCAGACGACGAAACUGAGCGGGCACGAUAUGAGCAUAUCUGACGUCGGCGGCUGGAAUCUCGAUAUUCAUCACAGAUACAAUUUCCACGAAGGUAUCCUGCAGAAGGGCGACGGCACGAACACGUACCUGAAGCACAAGCCGCGGCUGAUCAUCACGGCCAUGGGCGACGGACGGCAGCGCGGGCUGGAGUGCGCGGAGUGCUCGGGCGCGGCGCGGCGACAGCGCCUGCUGGCGCCCGUGGCGCUGGCCGCCGGGCCCGCCGGCGCGCUCUACGUCGGCGACUUCAACCUGGUGCGCAAGAUCCGGCCCGACGGCGAGGUCUUGACCCUCGUCAAACUCAACGCCACUCGAGUCUCCUACCGGUACCACAUGGCUCUGUCCCCGCUCGACGGCACGCUGUACAUCUCCGACCCGGAAUCUCAUCAGAUCAUUAAAGUCCGCAACACCGAGGACUACAGCGACCCCGAGCACAACUGGGAGACGGUGGUCGGCUCCGGCGAGAGAUGUCUGCCUGGAGACGAGGCUCACUGCGGCGACGGUGCUCUAGCCCGAGACGCCAAGCUGGCCUACCCGAAAGGAGUGGCGGUCUCCAUCGACAAUGUCCUAUACUUCGCCGACGGAACUAACAUUCGUAUGGUCGACAGAGAUGGCAUCAUCACCACGGUCAUCGGCAAUCACAUGCACAGAGCGCACUGGAAGCCGAUUCCUUGCGAAGGAACCUUAAGCGUAGAGGAAGUCCAUCUGAGGUGGCCCACGGAACUGGCGAUUAAUCCUUUGGACAACAGCCUUCAUAUUAUCGACGAUCAUAUGAUUCUACAGAUGGCUCCGGAUGGCAGGGUCAAAGUGAUCGCUGGACGUCCCCUGCACUGCCCGUCGCCGCUGACCGGCUAUGAUAUGGAACUGGCGACUUAUGCUACUUUGGUGAUGCCGCAGAGCAUUGCCUUUGGAGCUGCCGGUGACUUGUACGUAGCUGAAAGUGAUUCUCAGAGAAUAAAUAGAGUGCGUUUGAUAACUACUGAUGGCAAAAUCUCCCUAUAUGCUGGCGCGGAAUCUAAGUGCAACUGUUUGGAACGCGGUUGCGAUUGCUUCGAGGCAGAUCAUUUCCUAGCUUCCAAUUCCAAAUUCAAUACGAUCUCAGCCGUGAUUGUGAGCCCGGACGGCAUCGUCCACAUAGCAGACCAGGCGAACUAUAGAAUCCGAUCAGUCAUGGCCAGUAUACCCGACGCCAGUGGUUCGAGAGAGUAUGAGAUAUAUUCACCCGAUACGCAGGAAGUUUACGUUUUCAACAGAUUCGGCCAGCACAUCAUGACAAAGAACAUUCUGACCGGAGAAAAUAACUAUGUGUUCACUUACAACGUAAACACCAGCAACGGCAAGUUGAGCACAGUUACCGACGCGGCCGGCAACAAAGUCUUCCUCUUACGUGAUUAUGCCAGCCAAGUCAAUUCGAUAGAGAACACCAAGGGACAGAAAUGCAGACUCAAGAUGUCGAGAAUGAAAAUGUUACAAGAAUUACGAACACCCGACAAUUUCAAUGUAACAUUCGACUAUCACGGUACCACUGGUUUACUUAAAGCUAAAUACGAUAGCACCGGACGCAGCUACAUCUACAAGUAUGAUGAGUUCGGUAGACUGACUUCAGCCGUUACCCCGACCGGCAGAAUCAUAAACUUAACCUUCGACCUAAGCCUUAAAGGUGCCACGGUUCUGGUGAGCGAAAACAAUAAGAGACCUAUUUCUAUUCUCAUUAAGGGUUCUUCUGUAAACACUAAGGUCGGAGAAGCAGAAAAGAAGACAAUCAUUUCUACGGACGGUAGCAUCUCCACCAGUAUGCCAUGGGGACAUGUAAUUUCAACGGACACAGUUCCGUACACAAUUCUCUCCGAAAUAGAUCCCAUUUUGGGCGAAAGCUACCCCGUGCCCGCGAAGCAGAGAACUGAAGUUGGUGGUGAUUUAGCAAACCGAUUUGAAUGGAGAUACUUCUUGCGCAGAUUGCAAUCUAACAAAGGAAAGAGUAGCAAAGCCGUGGCUCAAAUCGGGCGCAAGCUGAGAGUAAACGGUGAGAACCUUCUGACGCUCGAAUACGAUAGAGACUCUUCUACUGUAGCCGUGUUCAUGGAUGAUAAGGUGGAGUUACUGAACGUCACGUACGAUAGAACUGCCAGGCCCGUGAAGUGGGGACCGCGGAAUGGAAUUUUCGCCGAGGUUGAAUUGGAGUAUGACAGAUUCAGCCGACUCACCAGCUGGAGAUGGGGCGAUCUUAAUGAAACCUACGGUUUCGACCGAGCUGGCCGAUUGCACGAGAUCAAAUACGGUGACGGGUCGUCCUUGGCCUAUUCCUUCAGGGACAUGUUUACUAGUCUUCCACUGAAGGUCACGACUCCUAGAGGCAGCGAUUAUCUGUUAGACUACGACGACUCUGGCGCGCUCCAGAACUUGACCACGCCAAGAGGACACAUCCACACCUUCGCACUGAUGACUUCGCUAGGCUAUUUCAAGUACCAAUAUUUCUCGCCGAUGAACAGACAUCCUUAUGAAAUCCUAUACAACGAUGACGGACACAUUUUGGCUAAGAUCUUCCCGCACCAAUCUGGUAAGAUAUUGUACGUGUACGACCAGGCGGGCAAGUUGGAGACGAUAUUGGCUGGCGCGUCCGCUAUCCGCUACGUGUACCACGAAAAUACUCACCUGGUGAAGAAUGUCGAAAUAACGGACCCCGAUUACGAUCUCAAACAGGACUAUAAAUACCACGCAGGCAUUCUCAAAGACGAGAAGAUGAAAUUCAACUCCAAGAGUGGUCUUAACAAUGCCCAUUUCAAAUAUCAAUAUGAUGGUAACGCCAGGCUUUCAACGAUUGACGUUAACAUUAACAGCAAGGAAAUGCCCCAGUUGAGGCUAAAGUACAAUCAAAACUUGGGUACCUUAGAAGGAGUAAGCGACUUGAGGAUCUACAGGAACACGUUCAAUCGAUCCGUUAUGCAAGACACGAGCAAGCAAUACUUCACCAUCACCGACUAUGACGACCACGGUAGAAUAAAAACGGUGCUCAUGAAUAUUAAAUCAUUCGAUGUCUUCCGCCUCGAACUUGAAUACGAUGCCAGAAACAGAAUCAAGUCUAAAAAGAUGCUGAUCGGCGAUACGUCUUCCAGCGAACGAAUCAGUUACAACUUUGACGGACAUCUCAUGGAAGUGGUCGGCUCCGAAGACGAUUGGAAAUUCGUUUACGAUGAGAACGGUAAUGUCAUUGGUGUGAUCGAGCACGGAGAGAAGCGUUACCUGGGCUACGAUAUCGGCGACAGGGUCGUCCAAUAUGGCGACAUCGAGUUCAGCAGCUACGACGGCCGAGGCUUCGUUAUCAGGAGGGGAGAACAGAAAUACCGCUACAAUUCCCGAGGACAGUUCGUGCAUGCCUUCGAAAGGGACAAAUUCCAGAUGUGGUACUACUACGAUAACAGAAACCGACUGGUCGCCUGGAAGGACGACAAGAAUAACGUCACCCAAUUCUUCUACACCAAUCCUCAAACUCCUAAUUUGAUCACACACAUGCACUAUCCUAAAGCCGAGAAGACCGUGAGGUUCCUGUACGACCAGCGAAACUUCCUUACUUGCAUAGAAACGGAAGACCAGAGGUUCUAUGUUGCCACAGACCACAACGGCUCGCCGCUCGUAGUGUUCGACGUGAACGGCGAAAUCAUAAAAGAAAUCAAACGCAGCCCCUUCGGAAAGAUAAUCAAAGACACCAAUCCCGGUUUCUACGUGCCCGUAGACUUCCACGGCGGUAUAUUUGAUUAUAACACGAAUCUCGUCUAUCUGGAUAACAGGUUGUACGACCCGAUAGUCGGGCAAUGGAUGACGCCGAGCUGGGAACACUUGGCGACCAAACUCAGUCUUCCAACUGAUAUUUUCAUCUACAGAUUUAAGAAUAACGAUCCGAUAAAUAAGAACCAGAACGUACCGUACAUGACGAACCUGGGCAGCUGGCUGGAGCUGUACGGCUACGACUUGAGCAAGAUGAUGGGAUCGAGGUACAUCACCGACAUGAUCUUCCAACCGAUAACUUCCGUGACGGCGCCGCAUUUGGCGCCCGAUUUCGGUGUAAUGUCCGGUCUUCAGUGCAUCAUUGAGAAGGUGAACGACAAAUUGUCGGACAUCGAUUUCGUGCCGACGCCCCUCCUGAAGAUGGAGCCGAUCACGCGCAACCUGCUGCCGCGCGUGUCGUACAAGCGCGGCGUGUUCGGGUCGGGCGUGCUGAUCUCGCGCGUGGACGGGCGCGCCUACAUCAGCGUGGCGGACGGCGCCAACAGCGUCGUCGAGGACGUCAUCACCACCGUCUUCAACAACUCAUACUUCCUCGAUGUCCACUUCAGCAUACACGAUCAGGACGUCUUCUACUUCGUCAAAGAUAAUUCGCUGAAGAUCAGGGACGAUAUGGAGGAGCUGAGACGGUUGUCUGGGAAGUUCAACGUGUCGCAGGAUGAAACGAAUGAUCAAGGCUUAGAGGUUCGAGUGCACGCGGUGGGCAAAGGCUCGGCCCAAGCGGUGAUCGUGCUGCGCUACGGCGUGGAGCCGGCGGCGGAGCGGCUGAAGCUGCUGAAGCACGCGCACAAGCGGGCCGCCGCGCGCGCGUGGGAGAGGGAGAAGGCGCUCGUGGCGGCCGGCUGGGAGGGCCGCGGCGCCUGGACCGAGGAGGAGAAGGAGGAGCUCAUCUCGCACGGCGUCGUGGACGGCUGGGCCGCCAAGGACGUGCACUCCGUCUCCAAGUACCCGCAGCUCGCCGACGACCCCGCAAACAUCGUCUUCGUCCGCGACGGACGGCGGAAACGGAGAAAGAGCGGCCGCUCGCGCCACCGCUCGUGAUCUGUCUGAACGUGCCAUAACUUGACACCGUUUCGAAUUUGGAACGUUCCGGUUUCGAAACGGCUAGAUUAUUUUUUUAUAGAACUGAAGUUGUCGGCCUUUUGAAUGAGUUGUGAUGGAAGUGAUCGGGAUAGCGGGAUAUUGUGAAGGGAGAGUAGGUCGGUUUAUGGAUUGAUCUGGUAUGGGACGAUUACGUUUAUAGGCCAUAGUAGAGCGUUUAGUUACCCGCUUUGCGUACUUAGGCGAGUCAAUUAUUUUGAUCCCCUUAUUGUAGCUUAUUUUUAAUAUAUUUUCGCCCUAUACUCAUUCUUGGACUGAAAACGAAUCUCACGAACAACUCUCACAGGGUACCGGGUCAUAAAGAUAACAUACUCGUAAUAAUAAUGAUAUAAUAAUGAGCUGAACUGAACAUAAUAAACCAAAAUACUCAUACGAUCACAAUUUUUAACCCUUUUAAAGAUUAUUUUAGUAGUAUAUUACAUAUUUUUAUCGAUAUACUCUCGUCACUUAGAAUUAUUAUUUACACGAAAAUGUAGCCCUAUCACAUUGUAGCCAAAUAUCUCAUGCUAUCCAUACUGUAAUUUGGUUAAUUGUAAAUAUUAUUUUUAUUAGUCUCGUAGUUGUUCCUUUAAAUAUUAGACCUAAGGUCUUUUUUUACUUCGCAAUACUAUUAGUAAUUAAGCAAUAUUUUAUACCUAAUGUUUUUUAUAAAAGCGCCUCUGACAUGAAAUCGAAUGACCCCAACGCUAGCUACAGUACUCUAGUCUAGAACCUCGUCGGUAGGGCGAGUUCACACGAGCUCGCGUGGCGCGUGGCCCACUCGGAGAGACAAGAGUUCUAACUAGCGAUACAGUAAUCCCAUUAGAAUGGCCUCAUACUAAAUAGACAAAUAAAGUAAAUAUAAUAAUUUAAUUACAUAAAACGUUUAUACGUACUUCUGCAUGUGUUGUGCAAUAAAAAGGGUAGUUUUACAUGUAGAGGCUUCUUGCUGACUUAUCAUUCUACGCACGUUUCUAGAGACUGAGACUUAAUACUAUUUUUAUGUUUUUCGUUCAUGGACUGCUCAAAAGCAAAACUCAAACGGUCAGUCAUGUUUAUUCCUAUACUCAAUAUUUUAUACCUUAUUAUUUAUAUUUGUUAUUUAUCAAUGAAUUUAUCUAUAUAAUGAAUUGUUUUUAAGAUGAUUUUAUAAUUGUAACUCAUGCGGUUGCUGUCAAGCGUCGCAGUGUGUUUUUGGGCAGUCUAGUGUCCGAACUUGUGAUUUGUGAAUUCCUCUACAGUGAGUCAGCGAGCAAGGAGUAAUUUAUAACUGUAGUUAAUAGUGUAUGUCCAUAAAUGUGAAUCAUUUAAAUUGUGGUGUCUACUCUGUGUUAGAGGUACUAAGUAGCUAGUUGACUGAGGUGGACGUGAAUAUUUGAUACAAAAAUUGUUGCGGUGGGAGCUACGGCACCCAGCGGCCGGACGGCCCAGCGAUGGUGAUAUUUUUGGAAUAUGUGACUAAAAAAGCAAUACGUCGUAAUGUAAUACGUCUUAUCAUUUAUUUAACUAUAAGGUGUAUUUUUAUUUAAAUUAAUUAAUAAUAAUGAAAUAUAUAUAUCUAUUGUGAAUGUAGUUAUUGAUUUCGCGGUGAUAUAAAUCUAGAGCGGUAUAGUUCUUUUUUAUAAUGUAUAAAGUAUUCUAAUUUGUAAAUAGGUACUUAAAGUUGAGAUGUAAUCUGUAAAAAUAUUGUACAUAUCUUUACGCUUGGAAUUAUUUAUAAUUUACCCUGUAAGUUAGGAUAUGGUGUAAUAUAUCGGCAGAGAGGCUCUAGAAACUACUCCACAGGCAACUGCGGCUCACUCGAAUGUAUUACAUAAUCUGUAAUAAUAACACUUGAUACUGACAAAGGCUUAUACAUCACUAAAUAGGUACAACAUGUCUUUAAAAUUAGCCGUAAUAAAUAAAUAAUUGCAGUAUCAAGUUUUAUUAUUAAUGUUAUAUGAUUUGUCGUUAGGACAAAUCGUUUUGCAAUAUCGCUAAAAUAAUUUUCAAUAGCGUCCAAAAUCUAUACAAGAAAUGUUUUAAAAAUACUUUAUUACUGGUCUUAAUAAUGUCAAAAGAUGGCACUGCUAUUUGCCGAACUGUACAAUGUCGAAAUAAUAAAUAAUAAUUCAUAGAACAAUCAUGUUGGAUCAUCAAACUUUGUCGCUAUAGUAUGAAUUAUGUGAAAUGGUUUUUUGGCCUCAAACCUGUUAAACAAAAGGCAUUGUUUAUUUUGUGCAACGCGUUGGCUAACUAAUUUCUCAUUAAUGGGAAGGAUCAGGCCCAUUUAAAAGACAAUUUUAGCGUUCUACUUUCAUGGUUCAAAUUCUUGUAACAGCAGACGGAGAUAACACGUUUGGGUAAUGUAGUACACGAAAGGUAAGAAUAUUCGGAGAUAACAAAAAGCUGUUACAUAAAUUUGAGUCAUAUGUGUAGAACGCUAAAAUUGCCUUUUAAACGGGCUUUAUCCUUCUCACUAUUGAGAAAUUAGGUAGCCACUGCAGCGCACAAAAGAAAUAAUUUAAUGCCUUUUGUUUAACAGCUCAGGGUUUGAGACCAAAAAAUUAUCUCAGAUAAUUCAUACUAUACUUGUCGGCGCAAACCGCUUACAAAAAUGUAGUAUCAGUGUCCAGACUUGAGUAUGCAAGUGACAUGCCUACUUGCCUAAUAUGCCUGGAUACUUAAGGCAGGGCACCGACUGUUCAAUCAGAUGCAAGAAUAUCUAGGCUUCGUACAGGUAACGCAAUCAAAAAUAGACUGGAGAUAUUAAUGUACAGUUGAGAUAUUUUUGCUGAUGACUGUAAUGUAAGACUGUAAUACAAACAACAAUAAUCCCGUUAGUACCAUACUUGUCAUAGUUACUUAAAUUAGAACAUCAUGAUUCCGUGUCGCCAUAAGAGUACCUUUCUACUGAGGCGGAGAUGGGAGGCGACGUGGCGGAAUCAGCUAAUGGCUUGCUUGUAAUCCAGCGGAUCGGAGAAGAGAUAUGGAUUAUGGAUGAGAAUCACCUCUAAUCUCCGCUCACCUCCGUCUCAGUGGAAAGGCAACAUUAGUAUUGUUUACGCUUUCCGAAACAAAAAUAUUUUGUAUUAGAAACCAUUCGUUUCCGAACUUGCCUUUUUGUACUGUCGUUAUCAACUAUCAUCAAUGUUUCUCAGCAAUAGACUCAGCUUCUAGAUCUAAUAGAGCGCUUCACAUAGUCGGGAGCGUAGCAUAGUCCGGGAUCCGAACUGCAUUUACCUGUACUAUAGUAGACAAGCGUAGCCCCUUUAAGACUCUGGAUGUGUAAAGAGUUCCGUACUCGCUAGAAGUGCGUGCGACAGCAUGUACAGUAAUAACAUAGAAAGUAUUCUAAUGGAAUAUGUAAUAAAAAUAUUAAAUUAUA